AUGGCAUCCGACUACACCUUUGCUAAACCAGACAUCGCUCUGGACGAGGGCAUAUACGCCUUCCUGGAAAAUUUUUACCGCAUCUCCGACGACCCUGAGGGGCACGACAUGUAUCUCCAACAAUACACCCCCGACGCAACUGUGAUAUUGUCGACCCACAAAGUCAAAGGGUCAGAAGAGAUCCGCAACCUCCGCAAGGGAAUGUGGGUCAAGGUCGCGGCCCGCAAGCACAAGGUUCACGGCGUCUUUGCCGCGGCGCCUGGGUCCUCCGAAAUCAUGCUGUACGGGCAGGUGACGCAGCAACUCCGCAGCGGAGGCGAGGUGGUCAAGGAUUGGGCUGCGCGCGGCGUGCUGGAGAAGAGUGCCGAGGAUGCCAGGUGGAGGUUUGCGUUUUAUCAGGUUUAUAUACAAAUGGACUGA